UAUAAAUAAAAACAAAAAUUAAGCACUAUCACUGCCCUUGGCAAAUUUACCAAAGGAUUUCUCCUACCUUGGUCUGUUGGCUAGUUCGACGUUGUGAAAGAAACGGCGGCGGACUGGCUGUGGCCUGCAAAGUAGAGUAAUCGAUCUCCCAGUUCCCUCCACUGCCCUCUUCGGAUCUGUCUCUGUUUCUUAGAUCUCAUCUCAGGUACUGCUUGGGUUGCGGCUGCGUCUUCAGUGAGCGUCCCCCUGCGUUUUGGUUAAAAAUGGUUGUUCUGGCGGCUUCUAUUGUAAGUAAAUCUGGGAAAGCACUUGUCUCGAGACAGUUUGUAGAUAUGUCUCGCAUUAGAAUCGAGGCGCUUCUUGCAGCUUUCCCUAAGUUAGUUGGAGCAGGAAAACAGCACACAUAUGUGGAGACUGAGAAUGUGCGCUAUGUUUACCAGCCAAUAGAGGCUUUGUACUUAUUGCUGGUAACAAACAAACAGAGCAACAUUCUUGAAGAUUUGGAGACACUGAGGCUGCUUUCAAAACUAGUGCCUGAAUAUUCUGUUUCAUUAGAUGAAGAGGGCAUUUGCAAGACAGCUUUUGAGAUUAUUUUUGCAUUUGAUGAAGUUAUCUCCUUAGGGCACAAGGAGAAUGUAAAUGUUCCACAGGUUAAACAGUACUGUGAGAUGGAGAGUCAUGAGGAGAGAUUGCAUAAGUUGGUCAUGCAGAGCAAGAUCAAUGACACUAAGGAUGUCAUGAAGCGCAAAGCUAGUGAGAUUGACAAAAUCAAGAUUGAAAAGAAUAGAGGUGAAAAAGGAGGGUUCAUGUCUUUACAGUCAAUGGGUUCUGGGAGAAUUGAUAGCGGUUUUGGUAGCAGCAUGAACAUAUCUAGCAGUGGAACUGGUUUUGGGAGCGGUUCUGGGUUUGGAUUGAGCACUGAUGUGGAAUCCUUUUCUAGCAAGUCUAAAGGUCGUCCACCUUCAUCUGCUACUGCCCCACCAAAAGGUCUUGGUAUGCAGCUUGGCAAAACCCAAAAAACAAGCCAGUUUUUGGAAUCGUUGAAAGCUGAAGGUGAAGUUAUUCUUGACGAUGUGCGCCCAAGUUCUGGUCCAUCCAGAUCAGCUGCUCCACCACCAACUGAUCCUAUCACAUUGUCUGUUGAAGAGAAACUUAAUGUGACACUGAAACGAGAUGGUGGUGUCAGCAACUUUGAUGUUCAGGGAACCUUGUGUCUUCAACUUCUUAACCAGGAUGACGGGCUUAUCCAAGUGCAGGUCGAGACUGGGGGCAAUCCAGGCAUCCUCUUUAAGACCCAUCCUAACAUCAACAAAGAAUUGUUUUCCAAUGAAAAUAUUUUAGGCCUCAAAGAUCCUAACAGGCCAUUUCCCGCUGGUCAAUCAGGUGAUGGUGUUGGUUUGUUGAAGUGGAGAAUGCAAGGUGUAGAUGAGUCAGUUGUGCCAUUGACAAUCAACUGCUGGCCCUCUGUUUCUGGAAAUGAGACUUAUGUCAGUAUUGAGUAUGAAGCUUCAUCAAUGUUUGAUUUACAGAGUGUUGUGAUUUCAGUACCUCUUCCAGCACUUAGAGAGGCACCAAGCGUCAGGCAGAUAGAUGGUGAAUGGAGGUAUGACUCUAGAAAUUCUAUCUUGGAGUGGUCAAUACUUCUAAUUGAUAACUCAAACCGGAGUGGAUCCAUGGAGUUUGUUGUCCCUCCUGCAGAUUCAUCGGUCUUUUUCCCAAUUUCAGUGCGUUUUACUGCUUCAAAUACAUUCAGUGACCUAAAGGUGGUUAAUGUCUUGCCGUUAAGAGGAGGACCGUCUCCAAAGUUUUCCCAGAGGACAGUCCUAACCACGGAGAACUACCAAGUCCUGUGAGGCCUGAGGCCUGUAAAACCAUGCAAAAGGCAAAUUGGCCACAAAUGUUUGUAAUUGUAGUACAUUGCCAAAGACUUUUCUUGUCCAUUUUAUGGUUCUGAUAUACUCUCUUGUUUCAUGUCAAACUUUUGGAUGAAGUGGCAGUAUUUCUUUUCCA